AUGCUACACCUCUCUCACCCCUUCCUCUCGCCUGUCCUUCUCUCGCUCUGUACAGGACGGCUACUCAGCGCUGUACACCACGUCGCACAGCACCAUCCACGUGCCUACAUCGCGCGGACGGAUCGACUAGAUUCUGUUCGCGCCAUGUCGCCCGAAGACUACGAAGAGAGUGGCGUCGCCUCUGAUCGUGAGCGCGAUGCGAGCGAUGAUUUCGAGGGGGACGACGAGGAAUCCGCGUCCGACUCCGCGGAGGAGCUGAAGACGCGUUCCUUACACCCCUCCGACAAGGAAGUGGUGGAAGAGGACGAAGAGGAGGACUACGACGCCCUCGACGACGCACCCACGCCAAAACCGCUCCCGAAGACGAUCAGCCUAAUGCUGCCUCGGAAAGCGUCAGCGGGGGCGGUGUGUGAACCGACGCGCGUGCACGUGUGCCUGACACGUGGCAUGAUUGGUCGACCUCUGGAACGCGGUGCACAUACCAAGCGCAGCGACAGCAAUGGGGAAGACGAGAAGGGCGCUGUCUCGCCACUCACUCCGCGGGCGGCGGCAGCAGGGAGAGGUGGCGCCGACGAUGCCGACGAUGCCGACGAUGAAGCAGAAGAUGAAGUGAGCAGUGCCGCGGCGACAUUGCAAGGCUGCUGCGCAGACCAUCACCACUACGAGACCGACUACGCGGCGCCCCUGGCGGCACUGCGGCGUCGCCUCAUCCUUCGGCACCUUCAUUCUGACCAAAAAUCCCUGCAGCGCUUCCUGUUGUCCGAACGUGCACGCGACAAGCGGGCGCUUCAGUCACCCCACGGCGACGCAGCAGAUGGGGAAGGGGAAGGGAGCGACGGCAGUGGGGAGGCAGAAGAAGACAACAGCACCCACCCACUCGAAACGGUGGUGUGGCCGUGGACGGCCGUGCAGAAACCUCCGCCGUACUGGCUUCCAGCUCUUCUAUCCAACGACAUUCACGCAUUUCAGCGCGUUCUUCAAAUCAUGUACGGCUGGAUCAUUGCCCCAGACCCGCACCCAUCCGACCAGCUGCAGCUCGACGCGGCUGGGCAACUUUGCACCGCCACACCAGAUACCAAGGCAGCAAGGGAUGACGAGGACGCCGAGGAUUCCGAGAAGGCAGACUUUUCCCUCGCCUCCGACGCCUUUGCUAGCGCGGGCAGUGAGGAGAAGAGCACCGACAGCGCGAAUCGGGAAAGUCCGGCACCCGCACGGUGCACGUCGAAGAGCUUGCUCGGCGCCUUCAACGAGUGUGAGGCCGACGAAGAGCAGCGCCACUCGGACAAGGAGUCGCCGAACCAGCAGCCCGACCUGGCAUCGCAGGAUAGCUCCAGCUGCUCACGCGCGAUGCAGAGCAUUACCACAGCCCCACCACCUGUCGCCGCACUACCGUAUUUCCCGUUCGCCGAGUACGAGUUUUACAUCGUGUUCGACGAGGCUAGUGAGGAGUGGCACCUUCUGGACACGCACCCGCUCUUCGUGAUGGAGGCCUGUCGGCGCCGACGAGCAGAGCAGAUGAGCCACGAAGGGGGCCAGCCGGAGGCCGAGACGGGGGACGGCACUGGCCUCGGCAGUGACGAGGAGACCGCGAGCGAGGCAGAGAGCGAAGAAGAAGAGGGCGAGGAAAAAGUGAAGGACAGCUGUCAUGUCCCACGGUACGCACUGGACACCAUAGUCCCCGUUAGCCCCGUCAUUCUGGCAGCGCUCUUCUCCCCUGCUGCGUUGCGGUAUUGUCUCCUGCAGCCUCUUCAGGCAGAGCCGCGCAAUGAGGACGACUCUGAUGAGGCAGAGGACCACGACGUGGACAACAACGCGGCCGCUGCAGCGUCUCUGCGAAGUGUCUCCCCUCACGCUGUGCUGCGAACCUUUGACCACGCCUGGCUGUCUGUGGACAUGACAGUUGCUCUCCCCAUUUUGGCGACCAUCUGCCGCGCCCGGCAACGUGUCCUGCAGCAGGAUGCACUUCGAAUUCCCUACGCACUCGGCAAUUUGUGGAUCGAUGUGAACCCCCUCUACGCGCUGCCCGCCUUCGCCGACGUCGUCAAUGCUGCCGGGGUCGAUGAGGUGCGUCUCUGGAGAGCGCCGCCGGGGCAGCACCCGGAAGACGACGAUGACGGGGACAGCGAUAGUGGCAAGGUUUCGGUAUCCGGAAGCGCGAUGAGGGCGGCAGAGCUGUGCUCCCCACACCGGUGGGGCACCGCACUGGACAGCAUCGCUGACCCUGGCCACUACGGCCGCCUGGUGUUGAACGCUCUGUUAGAUGCCGGCCUGCUCCCUACGCGGCCAGUAGAGCUGGCGAUCUUCCAUCACCUCAGUCUCUUGCGCCUGGCGCUGUGGUGGUGGAUGCGGUUGCCCCCGAAGCUGAUUCAGAAGUGGGGUGUCGCCGCAGCAGCCGACGGGCACGUCGCGGAUGACAGUGCCGACAACAAUGCCGGCUCGGCGGAAAUGUCCGACGAGGAGGCAGAGGACGAGGGCGUCACCGAUGAGGAGCUGAACGAGAUGACGGUCAACGAUGUCACCGAGCUCCUCCUGCAGCGCGUCGAGAACAUGAACGACCGCGACGCCCGUUCGCGGAGGCUCCGCUUGCGCAAGUGGCACCCAACGGUGGUGUUUGCGCCGCUUCUUCAGCGUGUGCUGCUGGAACUGCAGAGGCGCCUCGAUCGCAUGAGCGCCGUGGACGCGCGCCGCGUGCCACUAGCCCCGUCGCAGUACACACUUCAGGAGAGCGUGGCGCGGACCUACGUCGCAGAGCAACUUGAGAGCGGGCAUCUUCACCAGGACCCUCUCGUGACCGCUGCUUUUGUCGGUCUCGCCGGUCGCACCCCUGCCGCUGCUCGCGAAGCGUCGACUGCGCCUGUGGCAGUGGGAUCCGCACACGCUGCCGCCGUACGUCAUCAGCGGCUGUAUCAGAGCGACCUCGUCCUGCUCCUGUUGGCCCUCACGACGACACCAGCACCUCUGCCCUCGCUUACCGCGACGAUCCUCGACUUCGACGACCGAUUCACCUCUGUUGUUGAGGAGAACGCCUGCGCGGCAGGAGAAGAGAAUGUGAAAGAAGCACCGAGCGACGACGUCGACGCCCACACCGCACUCUUCUCGCACCUGCUAGAGGUGAAGUCGAUGCGGUUUGUGCGGCGCCCGCAAGACCGCACCCGCGCCGGGACCACCAAACUGCUUCUGCUCUGCGCUGUUGACUUCUGCCGUGGUGCGACGCGGCAGCGUGUCUUUGCACACGUACCGCCGUUUGAGCUGUUCGGGAGCACCGGAUAUUGCCCUCUGUCUGAUCUAGUCCAGGCGUGGUCGUGCAACUGCAGGACCGACCGCAACGGCAACCGCGCCAAGAAAGUGGCCACGGUGCAGCUGUUUGCUUAUUAUACGUGGAAUGAGAUUCGGUGGCGCCUGCGCAAGGGUCAGUACAGCGAAGCUGCGGUUGUGAAGAUGCGUGCGCAGCUGCCAGAGCUUUUCGAGCUGAUCGACUCUCACAGCAGCACCUACGACGCCAUCCUCGCCCGCCUCGACGCGGAAGCAGCAGCGGACAGCAAAGCCGACGGCGGCGGCGGUGACGGGUCGACGAGCGCGUUGGGAACGGAAAGCCGCACCCCGUCCGCUGGUGCCUCGCUGCGUGCCUCUGGCAAGACAAACUAUGAUGCUGCAUCCUCGCCGGCGGCCGCCGCACAGCCCCAAAGGCAUCCCUUAAUCAGCACUGAAGUGCUCCACGCCAUCCGGGCGGAGGAGCGUGGGGAGGCCGACCUCUCCCCCACCUCGGACUCACUGCCUCUCACGCUGGCUUACCCCAACGCCUACAGUGCGGAUGUCCUCGAGUCGAAGGCGCGCGUCAACGCGCUCUGGCAGUCCUUCGCGGUUUCCUCGCAUACCUACAUGACCGCUGAGACGCUGCACACGUUGCUUUUUGGUGCGAAUGCUCACCACAGCGGAGACGCGGCGGGGGUCGCCGUUGGUGCGGCUGGCGGCGCUCGCCGCUUUCACACGGCGGCUUUGAGGGUCAUGUUCGAGAACGGCAUCACGUCUGUGCAGGCGUGUCCACUGGAUGGCCCAGAGACACCCGCCAUCGAAGAGGCGCUGCAGCGGGCGGACCUGCCAGCAGUGAAAAUUCUGCUAGGCCUAGGCGCCGCAUCGCUGCGAGACACCUACCGGAACGGUAGCGCAACGCUGCAGUCGUGUGCGGAGAAGUUAUUUAAUCCGGCCGAGAUGGACGUCCUUCGCUUUGUGGCAUGCAAGAACAAGCAGGUGACGCGGUCUGACCCGCGGCUGCAUUUCGGCGCCCGUCGCUUCGGCAGCGCCGCGACGAACUCGUGA